GGGGAGAGGGGGAAGGGGGGAAUGGGUGGAUGGGCGCUGGCAGUCGCAGCCAAUCAGCGAGGGAUGAGUCAACAAGCGGUGCACUGCUGGGGGGUGGGCUGGUGGGGGGUGGCAUGGCGCCCUACCAGGCGGGCGGCAGGCUGGGCGGCGGGCGGCUGCGAGUGAUCCCCGCCUCCAGAGGUCAGCCCAGGAGCCGACGUUCCGCUGCGUGGUCGCUGACGUGGCGCCAGCUCAUGGAGUCGAGGCGGGCGGCGAGAGAGCGCGUGCGAGGAGGAGCGGGGUCGGUGGAGAGGGGCGAUAUGGGGGGGAAGGGGGUGAGGGAGGAGGCGAGGGACAGAAUGGAGGAGAGGGUGGAGGAGAGGGAGGUGGAGGAGGAGGAGGAGGAGGAGGAGGAGGAUGAGGAGGAGGAGGAGCAGUUUGAGGAGUGGGGGGAGGUGCGGGCAGGGAUGCUGAUCCUGGUGCAGGUGGUGCGAGGGCCCAUCGGCGGCAAGGACUCCGUGCUCCGGGCUUUCCCCGUGCUGGCAGGCCGCUGCUUUCGGCUGGUGCUGCGGGGGUCGGGGCUGGUGAUGCCGCGAGGCGUGUCAUCGGAGGAGGCAGCGCGCAUCCAGGCUGUCGUCACGCGCCUCGCGCCCAACCGCUCCUUCUCCGUCCAGGUGCGGCAGGCGGCGGUGGGGCGGGCAGAGGGCGAGCUGGCGGGGGACCUGGUGGAGCUGGUGGCACGCUGGCGGGAGGUGCUGGCGCGCGCUCAUGCCGCCGCGGGGCACGUGCGCAGCGUGGCGGAGGUGCGCGCGGUGGGGCCCACGCUGCUGAUGCAGGGCACGCCCAUGGCGCUGGACGCCAUCCACUCGCUGCUGCUGCACCACGCCAAGGUCUCCCAACUCGUGGUUGACUCUCCAGCGUUCCUCCAAGAGCUGGAGUGCCACCUGCAGCGCAUGCAGCCGGCGCUGUGCGGGCGUGUACAGCUGCACUCGUCUCCGGCGCCCAUCUUCGACGCCCUCAACGUCGAGCCCGCCCUGCACUCCGCGCUGCACCGCUGCGUGCCCCUGCCCGGCGGGGGCUCGCUGGUGAUAGAGGAGACAGAGGCGCUGGUGGCCAUCGACGUGAACAGCGGGUGGAGUGUGCUGCAGCCCACCGCGCGGCAGGAAGACACGUUCCUGGCUGUCAACGUGGCGGCUGCCAGACAGAUAGCAGUGGAGCUGCGCCUGAGGGACUUGGGAGGGCUGGUGGUAAUCGAUUUCAUUGACAUGCACAAAGCGGAGCACCGGCGGGUGGUGGAGGAAGAGGUGCGGCGCGCCAUGGCGGGGGACCGGCGCAAGGUGCGCGUGGGAGCCAUCUCCGAGUUCGGCCUGCUGGAGCUCACCAGGCAAAGGAUGCGUCCAAGUCUCGCCGCAUCGCUGACAGCGUCGUGCCGGUGCUGCUGGGCGGCGGGGCGGGUGGAGUCACGCCUGGCCAUGCUGGCGCGCCUGGAGCGAGCGCUGCAGCGCUGCAAGGCCCAUGCUGUGGCAGCAGCACGCGGCAGCCAGGCCAGGCAGUCCAAGCGCGCGCGGGAGAGGCAGAGGGGGGAGCAGCGCAGGGCAGAUGGGGAUGGAGGUGGGGGUGGAGGGGGAGAGGGCGGACAUGAGGAGACGGUGGUGGCUCUGGGUGCCUCCUCUGCCACGUGUGAGCAGCUGCUGCUGGGCCCCGCCCUGCCAGAUGGCACUCCCUCACUCCUCCACGUCAUCUGCAGUGCCCUCCACGUCACCUUGCACAUACAGGUGGACCCCUCUCUGCCCUACGGCUACUUCCUCCUCUCACACCUCGGCCACACCACCCUAGACCCCCCCCUCACUCCCCACAACCCGCCUUCCCAACUACCGCCCUCGUACAACCUCCCCUCGUAUCUCGCCUCCAGCCCACCAUGGGUUUCCUCCUCCCCUUCUCCUCCCUCCUCAUCUCCCUCUGCUGGUGCCAGUGCAUCACCCAUGGCACCCCCACCGCCAGCAGCUGCGACUGAUAGUGCUGGCAGGAGCAGCAGCAGCAUGCGUGUGUUUGUGCAGCCUCUGCCAGCCGGUGCGUCCGUGCGUGCCGAUGCCCCUGUGCCCUCCCACAUCACUGUCUCCCCACUCCGGCCUGAUGCAGCGGAGGCAAGGGAGAGGGAAGGGGAGGCUUGGGAGAGGCAGGGGGCAGCUGAGCUGGCUGCAGGCAGUGCACCAGCAACGGCCACCACCGCUGCUGCGACUGCUGGCAGGGGAUCAAGUGCAGCCGAGGCGCCGCAACGUGGCGGCGAGCUGGCAGGGGGAAGCGGACUGGUGAUGCGGAGGAGGGAGGCGGGAGUGGCAGGGGAGGCUAAGGGUGUGGGAAAGAGUCCAAAGAGCAGGUCGAGUAGCGGCUCUGGUGGUAAAGGUACCACCAGCAGCAACAGCACCAGCAGCAGCAGCAGUAGUGCUGGGGGCAGCAAGAGUAGUCGAGGUGGCAGUGGUGCAAGUGUGAAAAAGGCCAAAGAGGAGGUGAAGAAGAGGGGAGAGGGUGGUGGAAACAAUGUAGGGACAAAGAGAAGACAAAAAUAGGAGCAAAGGGGGGAAAUAUCUAUUGCGACAUGGAUUCGGAUUCGGUGGCUACACCUCCUGGAGAUGUUGUGGAAUGCACUGUUGGAAUAUUUGAGGAAAUCUUUGUAGAGCUCUUCCAUAACGUAUUGUGUCCAUCUAAAUCCGCGGCAUGCUCGCCUUGUCAAUUUCGU